AUGGAUUUCGAAGAUGAGCUGGCAGGCUUUGGAAGCAAUAUGCCUCCAGCAUCCUCAGUCUCGAAUGGCCGUCGAUCACCGCGUUCCCGUCAAACGGCCCCGCAAGAAUCGGUUCAUCAGUUCUGGGAACAGUUCACCACGAAACAUCCGGGGAAAGUGUACACAGUGCUACCACUCAAUCCGUAUGCGCGCACCAGGGCAAAGCGAGUGCCAAACGGUGUCAUUCAGGGUCACGCCGCGGUCAAAUCCUACGAACAAGCGCGACAGGAGUGUGAGACAUCGGUAGGACGGAUCGUGAGGGAAUGUCGCCGUGUUAACCAGAAAUAUACGGAUCCGCACUUUGACAUCGAGCUGGAUUUGAAGUCGAAUCGACGGUAUUAUCUGGACGAGCUGAAUCAUGUCAAUGACAUCAUGAAGCCACGAGGAGUAAAGAGGGUCACGGAGAUAUUCGAGAGCCCCCAGUUCUAUGUCAACGGGCCUACGGCAUCGGACGUGCGUCAGGGCUAUGACGGCGAUUGUUGGCUCAUGGCAGCUUUAUGUACGAUGGGUAAUAAGGAAGGAUUGAUCGAAAAGGUCUGUGUGGCCAAGGAUGAAAAGGUUGGAAUUUACGGUUUUGUCUUCUAUCGCGAUGGCGAGUGGCAGCAAUGCAUUGUCGAUGACAAGCUCUAUUUACGAGCCGCAAAUUAUGAUGAAUCCAACGACGAGCGAAUGGCCUGGGACAUGAUCAACCGCAGCAACGCCGAGGAAGAGUACCGUCGAAUCUGGCAGACCGGCUCUCGGGCAUUGUACUUUGCACAAUGCGUGGAUCCCAAUGAAACUUGGUUGCCAUUGCUGGAAAAGGCAUUUGCCAAAGCGCAUGGGGACUAUUCGGCCAUUGAGGGUGGAUUCGUCGGCGAAGCCAUCGAAGACAUGACUGGAGGCGUCACUUCCGAAAUUCUAUCAAGCGAUAUUCUCGACAAAGACCGGUUUUGGACCGAGGAGCUCAUGAAGGUGAACAAGGAGUUCCUCUUCGGUUGUGGUACGGGCUUGUUCUCCAACUGGCUUGAUUCCCAGUCUCCGCCACGGGACCGCAAGGGUAUUUCCGAAAAUCACUCCUACUCCAUCAUGGACGCGAGAGAAGUCAAAGGCAAGCGGUUGCUGCGUUUGCGCAAUCCUUGGGGUAAGAAGGAAUGGCAGGGUGCUUGGAGUGACGGUUCACAAGAGUGGACCGCCGAGUGGAUGGAGUUGCUGGGACACCGGUUUGGAGAUGAUGGAUUCUUUUGGAUCACCUACGAAGAUCUGCUCAAGCAGUAUCAGCAUUUCGACCGUACCCGUCUGUUUGGUGGCGACUGGACUGUUACUCAACAAUGGACGACUCUCCAUGUACCCUGGUCGGCGGACUAUCACAGUUCUAAAUUUGUGAUCACCGUCACACGCGAGGGGCCUACAGUCAUUGUUCUUUCCCAACUUGACACCCGCUAUUUUAACGGCCUUGCGGGUGAAUACAGCUUCGUCUUAAAAUUUCGGGUACAGCGGGAAGGCGACGAAGAUUAUAUUGUGCGUAGCCACAGCAGUCACUUCAUGACACGCUCCGUCAAUGCCGAGAUUGAUCUUCUCCCUGGUCGGUAUCAUGUUUUGAUGAAGAUCACAGCCUACCGCCACGAUGAUGCAGAAUCAACAGAAGAAACCGUCCGACGCCUAGCCUCCACUCAUCGAGAAAAGCUCGUGCAAGUCGGGCUAUCCUACGAUUUGGCCCACGCAAAAGGUCUCGUCACUGAAACGGAGCAGGAAAGACUCGACUCCGAGCGUCGCAAAGCUGCCGAAUGGCGGAAGCUGCGGGAAGAGACCAAAUUGAAGAAGCAAAAGCAAUGGAUCCGAGAGCGCAAGUUGGCCGCUCGACAACAGCGCCAAUCAGCACUAGAGACUCGCUCCGUCGGGCGCGCCAAUGGCGCUCCUCUGGAUGACAACUUCGGCUCUGGUCAGGUCCUGGCCGACAACAAGACCUCCCAGUCUCCCUCUGAGAUGAGCAGUUUCUCCAACGGCUCGAUUGGCCGCAAAGUCGCCACCAGCAACGGUCGUGUUGACUCGACACCUCCGAUCUAUUUCAACGGAGAAGUUACACCACAGGGUAGCAGUUCAAGCGGUCUGAGAAUCGACUUUGGUCGUAUGAGUCCGCAAAGCCGUCUGGCGAACCAUGAAUUGAGCGCGAUGGACCAACACCUACUGGAGGGAUUUGAGUUUGAUAGUGAUCUUGACAUGCCUUAUGAUGAGCCAAAAGGCCGUCCUCCCAUCUCAGAGCUGGAGAGUCCUGCCGAGGAUCCGUGGAAUGCGGUCUGCGUCGUAGGACUUCGUGUUUACUCCAAGGACCCAAAGUUAAGCCUGCAGGUUAUGCGCCCGGUGCCGAACGAAGAUACGGAGGCACCUCUGGAUCGAGACGAUCCUGCUGCGUCGGCGACCUUGGAGAAGAGUUUAUGGGGUAGUCGAGGCUCGCCUCAUUUGGUCUGA